AGAUGGAAGAUGCAGACGUCAAAAUUUCUCUUAGAAGUUUAAAAUAUCUAUUUAAAGUUCAUAUUAUCAUUGUUGUCCUCUCAAUCCUUGUUUCAAAAACAAAUAGCACCAGUAAAGAUGUUUCUGUAACAUAUGAUCACAUGUACACAUCUGGUUUAAAUGCAUAUGUUGGAGGAAAAUGGUUUCAAUGCUCAGCAUUUCUGGAAAAAGCUAUUCAGGAGAGAAAAUCUUACAAAACUAUCAUAGUUGAUUGCAGACUUCGUUGUCGCAGUAAUUCAGUGCUGUCAGACUUUUUCAUUCCAGCAGAUAUAAACACGUCUGUAGAUGCUUUAAGACUCAAUUUCUUUGAAAAUCUAGUAAAAGAAUCCCAUUGUCUGAAAACAUGCAAAACAGAGAGGCUUGGAUAUCAAAUCUCAGAAAACCGUGUCUUACUUGAAGUAGAAGAGGAUUUUGAUAAUCUCAAACCAUAUUCUUAUCUGCAGUUUUGUUACUAUAAGUUAGAGCGAUAUACAGACGCAGCAUGUGCAGCAUAUACCUAUUUCUUGAGGAACCCAGCAGAUGAAGAUACUGUGGCAAAUAUCCAUUCAUACAGACAAGACUUCAAAGUUAAAGAUGUGGACUUUAAGGAUUUGGAGAAAAAACCUUAUCAGGAUUACAGAAUAAAAGGAGAGAAUGCUUAUGACCAGGAUGAUUGGACUAACGCUAUAGAAUUGAUUGAGCUUGCUAUUACAGAAUACUACAUAGAGGAAGAGAGGUGCCGAGUAGAGUGUGAAGGACACUUUGACCACCAGUCAUUCCCAGACUUUGUUCAGGCUAUAGCUGAUCACUACAUCUCUGUGUUACAGUGUCAGUUUAAAUGUGAGAGGAAGUUGAGCAUUCUCUUUAAAGAUUACUUACCAGAUUUUGUUGGACAGCAUUAUAAUUUUCUACAAUUUGCAUAUCACAAAAAUGGCAAUAAUGACAAGGCUGUGGAGUGUGCAGGCACAUACCUACUGUUUAAUCCAAAUGAUGAAGAAAUGUUACGAAAUAAAGCAUUUUAUAUGCAGAAACUUGGAUAUCAUGAAGCUCAUUUUGUACCUCGUCAGGAUGCCAAAGAAUAUGAAAGCCGUAGAAAUAAAAUGUUGGAGUUGUUGUACUUCAUUAGAGAUGAGUAUAAUGUAUUGGAAGAGAGUGAAGAAGAUACCAUGAAGGGGGAUUACCUUAGAGAAAUCGAGUCAGAAUUAGAAAAGAUACAUAUGAACAGCACCAAAUCUAAACCUGAAAAACUGACCAAAAAACACUACAUGGCAAUUUAUGAAAAGAUUGGAAUCAAAGUAAAAGAGGAAAAAAAUGACAGAUUUGUUGCUGAUGAUUUUUACAGACAAGACCAAUGUAGAGAACUUGCAAAUUUUGCAAAUAUAUUGGAACCUAAUUCAAAUGGAGUUCGAUUUUUGAAUGUAGCUGAAGGUUUACAGCGAAUAAAGGAAAAUACAGAAUUGGAAAUUUCGUUGAGAUUGUUUUUAAGAGCCAGUGAGCUAGCACGUCAUUUCAGUGCUCAUUUUUAUAACAAGACAAGUUUUUUUAUAAAGAAUGCUGCAAUAGUCUGCGUAGACCCUGUAGCAGAAAAUCAGUAUUCAGAAACUUGUAUACCACAGGAAGAUGGGAGUUGCUUAACAGAGGAUGAAAUUGAUGAUAAGGAACUUCUAAAUGAUCAAUUUGUCUUGAUAUCAUACCUGACAAAUGAUGAAGAACCAGGGCAUUUUAGUUUCCUAAACAGAAGACAUAAGAAAGAGAUGCCUGUUGUGUCAAAAUGUGGACGAGUUGUUGGUUUUAGAUUAUCUGACAGACACAGAUCAGAGAGAUCAGAUUCACAGAGAUGUUCCAUGAUUUUAACGUUUACAUCUAACAGAAAGGAUGAUAGUCCAGCUCAUAGGGAAGCUUCAUUAUAUCUUUUGGAUUUAGAGAAAAGUCGUCUUGAAGUCAAAGAAGUCAAUAAUACAGAAGACAUGAAAAAGUUUUAUGACAAUGGAGUAAGAAUAGUGAUGGGUGAAAAAGAGUUGAAUAGUAACCAAAGAUUUGCAGCAGAUGGUUUGAUAACUGAAGAACAGUGUGAAGCAUUGAUAAAUAUGAAUCAGGAAGGUGCCAUCGGUGGAGAUGGUUAUGAUCGUAGAAGAUCACCCCAUACCAGAAGUGAAACAUUUGAUGGUUUAACUAUCAGUAGAGCAACAGAGAAAUCAUUUGAAGAUGGCAGCAGCAAGAAAGCUAGAAAUUUUUCCCCUCACACAAAAAAUGAGCUAUUUACUGGCCUAAAUAUCUGGCAUACGAUGGAGUUGGUCCAUGUUGGGGUAAUAAGUAAAAAAGAUGCCCAGCUGUUUCUGGAUGCUAGUGACUAUGGAAGACUUCUGGUUGAAAAGUAUUUUAACUUGACACAACCAUUACACUUUGAUUAUACACAUCUAGUCUGUAGGACUGCUGUUGAAGGUUCACAAGAAGAUAGACAAGAUCUAAGUCACCCUGUUCAUGGAGACAAUUGUGAACUUCAGCCAGAUGGUUCCUGUAUCAGAAGAUUUCCAUCAUAUGUACAGAGAGAGUACAGCUCAAUUAUGUAUCUCAAUGGUGAUUUUGAAGGUGGAGAAUUCUUCUUUGCUCAUGGAAAUAAAUCAGCUCAGGUGUACAUUAAACCUAAAUGUGGAAGGAUUGUAGGUUUCAAUUCUGCAGAGCUCCAUGGUGUGAAGGCAGUUAAAAAGGGUAAACGCUGUGCCCUUGCUAUGUGGUAUACUAUGGACUUAAACUUUAAAGAGCUAGCCAGAAUAGAAGCUAAAAAGAUGAUUGACAAGGUACCAGAAGAUGUUCACAGAAAUCUAAAAACCAAAUCUGAAGAAAGUUCUAAAGAAACAAAUAUUAAAAGUAAUGAAAAAAGUGAAAAUGAGGUUAACCAAAAAGAUGGACAAGUUCUCAAUGAAAAAGGACAAAAUUUGACUGAAGAUAAAAUUAGUCCUAAAGAAGUAACAGCUAUCCAUGAAAAAGGACAAAAUGAAGAACAGAAACUUCAUGAAGAAUUAUGAUGGUGAAUCAUGCCAUAUUUUAAUAUUUGGGUUUGUUUUUAUAUAUGUAAUCUCAGUCCUUUCAUUGGACCUUGAGAAAUGUCCACUGACUUGGUUAGUCCAGUUAAACUGGAUGAUACUGGUUGCAGCUCAUAAUUGAAAUCAUGCAAAAUGAGCAUUAUAUUGUGUUUCAUGGUUUUAAACAUUUGAACCAAGAUCAUCACUUUUGCAUUUGACAGGAGAUUUAAUUGAAAUUCAUCCAAUAUUUAUCCUAGAUUUGUUUUAAAUUUGAUGAAAAAUUUAAUUUUUCUGAACUUUCUUUUAUAGGAUUUGAACUUGUCUCUUGAUGCUAGUUUAACUAUGUAUUGAUAGUAACAAGUUCAAAUCUUUCACAUAUCCACAGUUAUUUUUUUUUCAAUUGUGAUAUAGGUUUAUACUGAUUAAAACAUCUAGGUAGUUGCAUAACUAGAUAUCAAUCUGUAUCUUUUCUGGACAGAUGAUGUCAGAGCAUGUUUGCUUGCUCAGUAAUGUUUAUGGAUAUUUUAGUUAAUGUGCUUUUGUGUAUAUUUGCUACAAAUUACAUGUAUAUUAGUCAAGAAUAAUAAAUACUAAAUAUGUUAGCUUUAUGUUUGCUGCAAUUUUCAUGUAUAGCAAUGUUCAUGUAUAUAAGCCAAAAAGAAUGAAAUUAAUUUAAUUGACAAUCAUU